AUGGUGGCGGAGCCGCUGGUGCACAAGGUGCUCUCCAUGGCAACGCUGUCGUCGUCGUCCUCCUCCUCCUCCAAGAAGGCGCGGCCAGCGGCGAGCGCCAACGCCAACAAGGGCGGCGCCGAGGCGGCGGCGGCGGGCGACGGCAGGCUGGGCAUCCUGUCCUUCGAGGUGGCCAACGACAUGUCGCGCGCGGCGAACCUGUACCGCUCGCUCUCCGACGACGAGGCGGCGCGCCUGCUGGGCCCGCGCUGCCUCGGCUCCCACGCCGUGCGCGCGCUCGUGGUCGUCCCGGGCGACGACGACGCGCGCCUCCUGGCGCUCGCGCUCGCCGAGAAGCUCGACGCGCUCAACCGCGUCGCGGACGUCGCAUCCCGCCUCGGCCGCGCACGCUGCACGGUCCCCGCGCUCAUGGGCUUCGACCACGUCUACGCCGACCUCCUCUCCGGCCGCUCCGGUGCCGCCGCGGGCACGUUGUUCACCGUCGCCUCCGCCUCCGACACCGCGUCGCUCGUGCGCAAGCUCGACCGCCUCGCCGCCGCCACCGCCGCGCUCUACGCCGAGCUCCAGGCGCUCGCGGACCUCGAGCAGUCCGCCCGGAAGCUGCCCACCAACGAGGCCCGCCGCGUGCUCCAGCAGCGCGCGCGGUGGCGCCGCCACGACGUGCGCAGGCUCAGGGACUCCUCGCUCUGGAACUGGACCUACGACAGGGCCGUGCUCCUGCUCGCGCGCGCCGUCUGCACCAUCUACGACCGCAUUCGCCACGUCUUUGGUGACCCCAUGCUGGGGCUCGACCUGCUGGCCAUGCGACCCAGUGAGUUGUCGGGGCAAUGCGGCGACCAAAGCCGGCGGCUCUCCCGUCCGGUGGCAGCAGCAAAUUCAGGUCCCGUCCAAAGCAAUCUCAGCGACAAGAAGUCAGGGCCGAUUUCCAGAGUCGAUCCAGAGAUCUCGCGGCCAGUGAAUUUCCGGUCAUCAGGUUGUGGAGCAAGCCCGGGGAAGAUGUUCAUGGAGUGCUUGAGCUUGAGCAGCUCAGUGUCAUGGAAGGAUGGGUUCGAGGAUGAGUUCUUGGAGGAUUCCAGCUGCAUUAGCACAAUCAGAUCAGGGAUGCUCGUGCCAUUCAGCAGCGAGCAGGGGGUAUCAACGACAACGCCAUCAUCCAAGAGUGGCAGGAUUGGCAGAAAGACGCGGUUUGGUCCCAAGAGCACGGUGACCUCACUUGCGCCGCCGUCCACAGUUGGCGGCUCGGCUCUCGCACUGCAUUAUGCAAACAUUGUCAUCAUCAUCGAGAAGCUGCUCCGGUACCCACAUCUUGUUGGUGAGGAGGCACGGGACGACCUGUACCAGAUGCUGCCAUCUAGUCUGAAGGUGGCGCUGAGGAAGAAUCUGAAAACAUAUGUGAAGAGCAUGGCGAUCUACGACGCGUUCCUCGCGCACGAUUGGCGGGAGACGCUCGAGAAGACGCUGGCAUGGCUUGCUCCCAUGGCCCACAACAUGAUCCGGUGGCAGGCCGAGAGGAACUUUGAGCAGCAGCAGAUCGUGUUGAAGGGGAAUGUACUGCUGCUGCAGACGCUGUAUUUUGCUGAUCGGGAGAAGACAGAGGCAGUGAUCUGCGAAUUGCUUGUCGGCCUGAAUUACAUCUGCCGGUACGAGCAGCAGCAAAAUGCGCUGCUUGACUGCUCUAGUAGUCUCGACUUUGAUGAUUGUGUGGAGUGGCAACUUCAGUAG